UACACAGAGGAGCACUUGUCUGCUCUCUCUUUCUCUUCGACAUACAAAACAAAAUAUCAGAGCUCCGUUUCAGUUCUCGGGUGACCCGAUAACCCGAACUUGUCGUCCUGUUCUUGAAGAAAAUUAUCUGUUCGCAUUGAGUUGUAUUGCUUCGUGAGUGUGAAGAUUUAUAUUGAGAAUCUGAUUCUGUUUCGCUACGAAGCAGACAUUUCAGGCUUAGACACAGAGCAAACCCCACUCGUGCCGGCUAUCACAAUAGAGUAAACCUUAAAGAGGAAAUAAAAGCAGCAGCGCUCUCUAAGCAAACACGCAGAUAUCGAAACAAAGGGCUGAAAAGGCAAACAAAGAGAGAACACAAAAGAUGUUUAGUUGCAUAGCUUGUACGAAAGCAGACGGAGGUGAGGAAGUCGGUAAUGGAGCACGUGGAGGCACCACUCCCAAUACUAAAGAAGCCGUCAAAAGCCUAACCACACAGAUUAAAGAUAUGGCUAUAAAAUUCUCUGGUGCCUAUAAACAAUGCAAGCCAUGCACUGGUUCCACUACGAGCCCCAUGAAGAAAGGACACCGACCGUUCCCAGAUUAUGACAACGCUUCUGAUGGUGUUCCGUACCCUUACAUGGGUGGAAGUGCCGGCUCAACUCCUGCUUGGGACUUCACAAACUCCUCUCACCAUCCAGCCAGACGAUCAGAAGCAAAGUUCACUUCAGUCUAUGGAAACGAUCGGGAAUCUAUAUCUGCUCAGUCUUGUGAUGUGGUACUAGAUGAGGAAGGGCCUAAAGAAUGGAUGGCUCAAGUAGAACCAGGUGUCCAUAUCACAUUCGCAUCGCUUCCCACCGGAGGAAAUGAUCUUAAGCGGAUCCGCUUUAGCCGAGAGAUUUUCGACAAGUGGCAAGCUCAACGGUGGUGGGGUGAGAACUAUGAAAAAGUCGUUGAGCUUUACAAUGUACAGAGAUUUAACCGCCAAGCUCUUCAAACUCCUGCAAGAUCCGAGGACCAGUCACAGAGAGAUUCAACUUACUCAAAGAUGGAAUCAGCGAGAGAGAGCAAAGACUGGACACCAAGACACAACUUCAGACCUCCAGGAGUUAAUGUGCCGCAUCAUUUCUAUGGUGGCUCUAGCAACUAUGGUCACAAUGGAGGACCUCUGAUGGAUGCAUCACGAACCACCACUUCCUCGAGAGAUGAGGCACCGUCCAUGAGCAAUGCUAGUGAAAUGCAGGCUGAGUGGAUUGAAGAGGAUGAGCCAGGCGUUUACAUUACUAUCAGACAGUUAGCAGAUGGGACUAGAGAGUUACGUCGUGUCAGAUUCAGCCGGGAACGAUUUGGGGAAGUGCAUGCAAAGACGUGGUGGGAGCAGAACAGAGAGAGAAUACAAACCCAAUACCUCUAGUAACAGAGAAAUAUGAGGGUUUUCAUAAUCUUUAAUUAAAAAAUUAGUUAAUCUCCAGCACACAACAAUACAGCUA